GUGCAAGGCUCCCAAAAGCGUGGAAAUAUAUCCGCGGCGAAGAAACAUAUUUAAGAUGGCAGCACUUUUGACGGCUCGGAAAGCUUUGAGCAGGGCUGUGAGAUGCGGCACUCGUUGCUUCUCUCAGAUUGCAGAACUACCCGAACACCAUCAAAUUCUGAGGCAGACGUGUCAGGACUACGCAGCUAAAGAGCUUGCCCCAAUUGCUGCACAACUUGACAAAAGUCAUUCUUUUCCAGCUAAGCAGAUUCAGGAACUUGGAACAAUGGGUGUGAUGGCAAUGGAGGUACCAGAGAACCUAGGAGGAGCUGGAAUGGAUUAUUUGGCCUAUAGCCUGGCUGUUGAAGAGAUAAGCAGAGGCUGUGCAUCCACUGGAGUCAUCGUCAGUGUGAACAAUUCUUUGUAUCUGGGCCCUAUUCUGAAGUUUGGCACAGAAGAGCAAAAGCAGCUAUGGAUAACCCCCUUUACCACUGGAGAAAAAGUAGGCUGCUUUGCACUGAGUGAGCCAGGGAAUGGGAGUGAUGCAGGUGCUGCCUCCACACUGGCUCAUCAAGAGGGAGACGAAUGGGUACUAAAUGGCACCAAGGCCUGGAUUACUAACUGCUGGGAUGCUUCUGCUGCAGUUGUCUUUGCCACAACAGAUAAGAGUUUAAAACAUAAGGGAAUCAGUGCCUUCCUGGUACCUAUGCCUCACCCAGGCCUGUCUCUUGGGAAGAAAGAGGAUAAGCUUGGAAUUCGAGCCUCAUCCACAGCAAACUUAAUUCUGGAAGACUGUCGUGUCCCAUUGGGAAAUUUACUGGGCCAGCGUGGAAUGGGAUUCAAGAUUGCCAUGCAAACUCUGGACAGUGGGCGCAUUGGUAUAGCAUCUCAGGCUCUUGGGAUUGCACAAGCGGCUAUUGACUGUGCAGCUGAUUAUGCUCAGAAAAGGAUAGCCUUUGGGGCACCGAUUGCAAAGUUGCAAGCAAUACAGUUUAAGCUGGCCGACAUGUCUGUGGCUAUAGAAAGUGCUCGUCUACUCACCUGGAGAGCUGCUCUGUUACGAGAUGGAAAGAAACCAUUUUCCAAGGCUGCUGCUAUGGCCAAGCUGGCUGCAUCUGAAGCAGCAACAUUUGUUUCCCAUCAGGCCAUUCAGGUAUUGGGAGGAAUGGGUUACGUAACAGACAUGCCUGCUGAAAGACACUACCGCGAUGCCCGCAUCACUGAAAUCUACGAGGGAACCAGUGAAAUUCAGAGACUUGUCAUUGCAAACCAUAUUUUGAAGGAAUAUCAGCAAUAACUGGAUGGCAUGCAGUAAAGCAUGUCAACUCAUCAACAUUCAUAAAUGACUCUUAAUAUGACAGUGAGUGUCUGGGGAUGUGUACAAUGUCCCAAACACGUUCUGAUUGUUGAUCUUUUAAAUGGUUUGUCCAUCCUGUCAUUUUUGGAUAUUAAAGGCUGAUUACAACUUACAGGAGAGCAGUCACUAUGGGACCCUCAAAGACAUUCUUUAAUUCCACAAGAGGGCAGGAGUGCCUUUGCUACUUGUUUUUCUCAGUGCUGAAUCUGAAUUCACUGUUUUUUUGAAUAAAAUUCUAAGAUCAUCAUGGAAGGAUUCUAAUAAAUAAAAGGAUUACUUGAAUAUU